CUACCAAUAAGCAUCCCAACAUUAAACUGAUUCAUUUUUAAUGGAGGUUGGUUUGUCUCCCACCGCGAGGCACAGACCAACGGGUUAAGAAACUGCAAACUUGGCGUUGCUCGUGCUCUCCCAGCCCCUCCUGUCUCCAUCAGCGCGUGAGGGAGGGAGGACUUGUGCUCACGUGCACACGCUGCGCGCCCCUAUUCAGUUGAACAGAGGGUGCAAUACAUAAUUCAGUCCCAGCAAGGGGACACCUCAGUCUCUCCCCUCCUGUCAAGCCGCGGAGCUGCAGCUUCCACACAGCCUGUGGACCGAGACGCCGACGCGGCUGUUUGCUGCCCCUCUGCGGAUGGAGAAUCAACCUUGGAGAAGGGCGAAUGCUGUGUUUGAUGCAGGUAAUGCAUGACUUCCAGCGGCUGAGGAAGGAGCAGACGUAAACAUUGCCAUGCCCUGCUUCACGCACCUCCUCCUCUGCUCCGGGACAGAGGGUUCUGUUUUAGAGGAUAACAACAGAGGAGAGUGAGAAGAUAACGCUGCUGUCGAAGGUAAAUAUUAUGGAGACGUGGUGAAGUUGUGUUCGGGAUAGGAGGCUGCGGCGGGCCACGGUCUGCACUGUCGGUAUCCUGCAUCCUGACUUUGCUGUGUCCGUGCUUUGCGGCCAUGCUGCAGGCAGCAUCCUCCGACCUGUUCCCGACUUGAGCUGCACUCUCUGGGAUUAACAAGUUCCCACAAGCAGAAAACUACUACUUCUUCAUGUUUUGGCGUAUUAUUUUAUACUCUGGGAACAUUCACUCUUUUGUGUAACUGUGUGAUAAUGACAUUUUUCAUGAACAUUGGAACAGUUUGGGAUAUUAUUUCUCACGGUGCUUCACAUCUGAGCCCCAGACUGAGCAGGCUGUAAGAUGUGAUCAGCUGCACACAUUUUAAUGAACAAAGUAUCUCACAUAUUAAUUAAACCUGCUUCUGCAUGACAGCACAGUGGGAUCAGGCUUGUUAUUAUCAUAGUUCACAUUAACGCAGCACCAUGGGUGCCAAGCAGACCAAAGGCCAGGAGCCGGGAGGAGCCAGUCCCCAGCACAGCUGGAAGCGGACACCCACCAAGGAGCGGGGAGACAUCUUGGCGUCCCUCAUGCUGAAGUCAGGGGACCGACUGAGCCGUGGGGGGACGCCGCCACCCUACCAGCGCCGCAUCGGCAUGAUCCAGGAGAUGAUGCUGAUGGCCAAGCAGGGCAAACAAGAUGAGGCCACAGAGAUGCUGAAGACCCUCCGACAGGACCUGGGCAUGGAGUCAACAUCUCUGGAUGACGUGUUGUACCGCUACGCCAGCUUCAGAAACCUGGUUGACCCCAUCACACACGACCUGAUUAUCAGCCUGGCACGAUACGUCCACUGCCCCAAGACGUCUUGUUCAAGUUCAAGGAAUGUGAGAGAGAUGGCGAAUGACAUUCAAGGGUCCUCAGCUGCAUUUCAACCAGAGACGUUGCAGUUCACGGAGGGCGACUCUCUCGGGGCGAUGGAGAAGGUUUGUCGUCAGCUGACCUACCAUCUCAGCCCCCACUCUCAGUGGAGGAGACAAGGCCUGCUCAAGAGGAAACCUCAGGCCUGUCUGAAGGCAGUGCUGUCGACCCCUCCGUCAGGCGGAGCGUUGGAUCUGUCCGGGAUUCCUCUCACGGCUCGGGACAUGGAACGUCUGUGUUCACACCUACAGCGCCACGCCUGCACCGUGGUCAGCUUGGAGCUGGGCUUCACCGAGUUGACCGACGAGGCGUUCCUCCUGCUCCUGCCCACUCUGGCUGUUCUUCCUCACCUGGAGACCCUGGCGCUGAAUGGAAACAGGCUGACCAGAGCUGUUCUCAAGGAGCUGACCGAUGCCCUGAAGGAUCCAGGCAGUUUCCCAAGCGUGACAUGGAUCGACCUGGGCAACAAUGUGGACAUCUUCUCCCUGCCGCAGCCUUUCCUGGUCAGCCUGAGGAAGCGCUGUCCUAAGCAGGGCAACCUGCCCACCAUCCUGGAGUUCGGGGAGAGUCAGGCCAGCGACCCUCCCGAGAGACUGAGGGGGCUCGAGGAAGAGGAGGAGACCGACGACACCAACCGGACUGAGAGCAUGGGCGAGCUCCGGUCGGAGGUGGAGGAGGAGCUGGACGGAGAGAUGGAGAUAGAGGACAUGAUGGAGGAGCUGCUUGACUUUGACAGGGAGGUACAGGGGAAGGAGGAUGAAGAGGAGAGCAUGUGGACCAUGGAGGAGCAGAGGAAAGUGGGGAGGAGGAGGAGGAUGAGAGGGGAGGAGGCGCCGAGGAAAGAGCAGUCAGGGCGGAAGGCGGUGAUGGACGAGGACGAUGACGACACGCAGAGCCACUCCUCCAGACUGUCUUGCUCCAGCCAGUCACAACACUCCUCUGGAGCCGCUGAGCCAUUGAGAGCAGAGGAGGAUGACCUGAACGAGGUGACCGACCAAUCGGACCACUUGACCUGA